AUGGGGCUUAUACAGUGGAAUGCUGAAACUGGGUAUGUCUUGACGCUUUAUAAAUAUCUUCUUGGUAUACUUGGACUUUGGGUAUUGGAUGAAGAAAAUGUAUUCUCGAGGAUUCGAUGGUUCAUGUCGACAAUGGUGGAACUGACUGCAACGAUCAGUCUGUCACUGGAAGUGAUUCGACAUUGUCACGGUUACGAGGACGCUUUUGACGCUUUUCUAUCGGCCUCUUCAUCUGUGAUUAGCAUGUCGAAACUGCUCUUGCAUCGCGUGAAUUGGAGAGACAAGUUGAUUCUGGUGCAAGCCAUCAUCCAUGAUUGGACUUUUGUCGAGAAUCCUCACUCGCGCGAUAUAAUGCUGAAGUAUGCGCGCACAGGUAGAUUCGGCUCUUUGAUAUUCUUUUAUCUCGGUUGCGCCUCCUGCGUGUUUCUCUUCUCGCCCUUUAUAUUCGCCAAUCUCGAUCUAUCUUGGAUUUCCUUGGAAAAGCAGACUUACAAUAAAACGAACGAAAGAAGAUUGCUUUUAGCGGCCUAUUGCGUCUUCGAAACAUAUACAUCCUUCGCUUACGGCUUCGUUGAAGUCCUGCAGGCGUUACAAAUCCUCGUCAACUGCAUCUCGCAGUGCGGAAACGACGGAUUUUUCUUUGAUCUUACGAUGCAUGUGUGUGGACAAUUCGAGGUUCUUAGGACGGACUUCGCUGAAAUAAGUAGCGAACAAUCGCUUUCCCACAAUAAACUUGGCAUCCUGUUGAAGAGACAUCACCGUCUCAUAAGUCUAGCGCAUCAUCUGCAAAAAGCAUACAGCUUAGUCAUCUUGUCGCAGCUUUUAAUGAGCGUCAUGCUCUUAUGCGUCGAAGGUUUUCAAUUAAUUCUCACGCUGUCUAUGCACAAUACGUUUGCUGCUAUGAAACACCUCCUUUUCAUCGUCGUGCUGCUGGUACAACUUUUUAUCUACUGCUUUGCCGGUCAAACGUUGGAAUUUCAAUCGCAAGGACUUGCCUACGCCAUUUACGAGACACCGUGGUAUAAUUUUAACAUUAGCGUGAUGAAAGAUUUGCCACUGAUGAUACUUCGGACAACUAAUCCUCAUCGGUUAACUGCAGGAAAAUUUUUAGCGAUAAAUUUCGAGAGUUUUAAAGAGAUUGUAAAGACUUCCGCCUCGUAUCUGUCCGUGUUACGAGUGAUGCUAGACACGUAA